GUGUGUUCAAACUGCUGACCUUUUUAGUUUCUAGGAGCCUUCAGUCUUGGAGUUGCUGGGCUUGUAGAUGCAUCUGCUUUGUGUGUCUGCCUUCAUAUGGCAUCUGCCCCGCUCUGUGUCUCUGUGUCUAUUAUGGUCUUUUUUAAUAACUCAGAAGUGAGUAGGUUUAGGAUCCACUCUAUAUUGGUAUGGUUCCAUUAACAUAACAAAAGAAAGCCUUCUGUUUCCAGUGUCAUGUUUAUAGGUACAGAGGUUAGGAUUCAGCACGUUUUUGAGGGACACAAUUCAGUCUAUGACACGUUAUAUAUACUGUUUCCUAUGGUUCAUUGUGAAAAAAAUGUUUGAAAAACACAGCUUUAUAGAAUAGUUUCAGGUUUAUGUUCUUGUGCAAAUCUUCAGUUGUCUCUUUAAAGACUUAUUACAUAAAGGGGAUCCACCCCUGAAUGGCCUAUUCUUUAUUUAAAGAGAAUAUUAUAGCAACAUAUUUAUGAGGCCAAGUUUUUUUUUUUUAGUUUUCUUAAUGGAAAAUACAAGAGUAGAAAGAGAAGUAUGAUAAACCCAUAUGUGUCCAUCAUUUAGCUUCAAUAAUUAUCAAUAUUUUAUCAAUCUUGCUUUACUCAGCUCCCGACAUUUUGGGGGAGAGUUUUAGAAAGGAGAUAACGAUUCAUUUUAUAUUUAGUUUAAAGUUUUAACGAAGGGAUAUGAGUGUGUGUGCACAUGUGUUGAUCAAUAACUUCCUUCUGUUGAACUAGUGGGGAAGAAAAAAAUCCAUUGCUGUCAAGUCAGUUCUGACUCAGCGAGCCUAUAGGACAGAGCAGAACUGCCGCAUAGGGUUUCCAAGGAGCGCCUGCUGGAUUCAAACUGCUCACCUUUUGGUUAGCCGAUCUCUUAACCACUGCGCGACCAGUGCUCCACUCAACUAGUGAAGAAAGUAGUAAAGUGAGCUAUUGGCCAGUGGCUUUAUCUGUGCCUGUUUAUCUGUUGAAUAAAUAGGAAUAGUAAUCUAUAUAUUGUGGUUGUGAAUGCAGAAUGACUAUUUCUUAGGAAGUUAAUUCUGGUGAGAAUGGUCAAGUCUUGGAAACACGGAUUUCCAAGAUAACAGAGCUUGAAUAAUGUAUCAUAGAAGCAACUGAUUUACAUCCCUACCAUCUGUCAGGUUACCCUUACUUUUUAAGAGAGAUGAUCAUCUAUCCUAAUUUUAAAUAACACCAGGGACCUAUCCAAAAAAUCUUUCUUGACUGCCUUUCCCUUUAUUUACUUAGCUAUAUACUCAAGGUCCUGUUGUUAACAAAAUACAUGUGUUCUUGUACACAUCUACAGCAUUUUGUAUUGGGGUUGUACUUUUAAUGGCCUGAAAAAAAGAAAUUAUAUGAAUUCAAUAUGUUGGUAUUACUAGUAAUGUCAUUACAAUUUUUCUACAAAACUUGUUUUUUAGAAUAAGUAUUUUAAUUUGGCUGAUAAAGCAUUUCAAAUAGAUUCUAUAAAAACUUUUAGCGUGUAGUAGCUGCUUUAUAAGUAUUUGUUGAAAAAAGUAUGCAUUUCAUAUAUAUGCCUAUUCUUUGUGGCUGCCUUUUGGAAGAUGGCCUUUUGAUAAUGUCUUUUAAGAUUCUUGUUAAAAGUAAAUAAACCUUCUUAUAUGAUAGCCUAAAUAAACCUUCUUAUAUGAUAGCCAAGGUCAAACUCACCUGUAUCAAAUGUCAAUUUUACUGUAAUUUGUCCUUCACUUUGGGAAGUGUUACUAUUCAUGUAUAUAAAUAAUACCAUUGUAUGAUCAGUAGUCCCUUUAUAAAUAGCAUUUAGAUAAAUUUCAUCUGUGGGUCCUACAUGAGAUUUUGUAUGUAUAUUCCUUGCAUUGCCUCUUUUAAUAUCAUAUGAUCCUGAAUAUUUUUUAGGUCCUUCUAACUGCUCCUUUUCACCUAAAAUUGAGCUUCAUGCCAUUUUUGCAUGUGUUGUACAGUAGAACACAUUUCUCUAUGUAGCUCCUCUUUGAUUUGAAUAUUUCUAGUAAAACUAAUCCAGACAGAGGAUACUGGUAGAAUAAAACUCCUAUGAGAAAUCUUUUCAAGUUCUUCUUAUAUAUUAUUUAUGCUGACAUUGCAAUCUUUUUAAUCUGAGACCUCUCCUAAAAUGCAUUCAUUCACAAAUGUUUAAUGAUCACCUUCAGUGACAAAGCCACGUUGCUAGGUUCUUAGGAACAUAAAAAAUGAAUCUUGCUCUAAGAUACUUUUAGUGUGGAUGUAAGAGACAUUUAAAACUGUAAUACAAUGUAAAAAGCAAUGAAAUGAGGUUAGUAAACUCGGCAGAUAUGUUCAUUCUCCAAGAGCUUUGUUAUUCAGCUGUCUAGCAGAGAACCACUACUUCUAAUUUUCCCAAAUUUGGGAGAAAUUGUUGUAAUGACAAAGCAAUAGGAAGAUAAGACCUGAGUGGGGAAGAGCUGGAUUGUGGUCCCAAUGCCGAUAGUUGGUACUCAGUAAAUGUUUGAAGAGUCAAUGAAUAAAUAAAGAGAUAAGGGACAAAGGUACUGUCACAUCUGAACAUUCUCCUUCAAUGGGAAUACAAGCAAGUUUUGAAGCGGCAUCAUGUAAUAAUAGGUAAUUUUUCAUUGGUAUGUGCAGUAUUCUAAAGCGUUUUUAUAAACAUACUUACUACGAGAUAGCAAAAUAUAGCCAAAUUAAAUUAAAACUUAAUUCACCUUCAUGAACAGUCUGUGAUUUAUUUAUUUUUUUAUUUUUCCUCUCCCUUAGUGUAUUCUUCAAGAUUCGAUUUUAUUGUAAGGGGCUCAUUUUUUUGAUUAGCUUUUAUUGAAUACUUAUUAUAUCGUAAAUUUAGAAGGUUAUAGUAGGAGCUUGGCCUACUUACAAGGACAGACAUACAUGAAGAUUAGUAUCAGUAUAAUGUUCUGAUAGGUACUAAAACCAAGGUGCUGUACAGAGUUUAAUGGGCCACAAAGGAGAGAGUUUAACUUCGCAGGCUGAGAGCUGGUGGGCUCUGGGCUAAGGAUGAUCUUUUUUUCCAUUUGCCUUUGAGUUGAUUCCAACUCUUAGCAACCCCUUAUGCGUCAGAGUAGAACUGUGCUUCAUAGGAUUUUCAGUGGUUGAUUUUUCAGAAGUAGAUCACCAGGUGUUUCUUCCAAGGUGCCUAUGGGUGACCUCGAACCUCCAACCUUUCAGUUAGCAGCUGAGCACUUACACUACAUCAGAAACUCCAAGGAUGAUAUAGGUAUACAGUAUCAUAGUUUUGUUUGUUUAGAUUAAAAAGCAUAAUGAAAAAUUCUUUUGUAUUGUUUUAAAGUUACCCUAAAGCUACCAUUAGUUGCAUGAAUUAGGUAAGGAAAGGAGGGACCACAAGAGAAGGAAUCCAUUUUGAUAGUUUGGGGGAACCAAGCUCAAAUAUAUAUAGUUCUAACAUCCCUAUUUUUAUAAGGCUACAUACUAGAGAGUGAGUUUAGAUCUUUUAAGUUAGCAUUUUAAAAUUAUUGCUAUAGAAUAAGAAAAAGUAAAUGCUCCCUAUUUUCAGUAAAAUGUUCCUCGUGAAGGUUGAUAUUCAGACACAGGAGAUAUUUAAACAAUACAUUUACUAUGUUGCAGUCAUAAAUGUGAUGGAUAGCUUUAAAAAUGAAAAUUUUGUUUCAUUUUUUAUGUGAUGUAUGAGUACUAUGAUGAAACAAAGUGAUAAAAAAAAUUCACUGGCUAUUUUAAGUUAAAAAUAUAGUUAAGAGUAAAUUUAAUUUAAAAUGAACCGCUUUAUUAUUGUAUAGUUUGCUGUUUCUUUGUUGGAUUAUUCUUUUUUUUAAAUGUGGUAGUAUAAAGAACAUGAUUUAUUUCUUAAUUUGUCCAGGAAGAAUAUCUUUAUAAGACAAUUCUCAUUUAAAAAGUGGUAAGUAACUUUAAGUCUAGGUCAGGUCAGUACAGUACUUUCUUCAAAAGUCAUUGUACCGUAGACUAUAUAUUUCUGCUAUGAUAUGACAAAAAAUUAAUGGUGGUCUAUUUUUAGUGUCCAGAUGAAAUUUAUAUGAAGUUUCUUUGCCUCAGGUUUUUUUUCUUUAAUGCUAUCAAAUGAGUUAUGUGAACUAUGAAUAUAUCAGUAUUGUUUAUUCUUGGGUAAUGGGUUUCUCUGUGAUUAUUUGAAAUCUAGUAUGUUUAUCUAUACUAAUAGAUUCUUUUAUAGUUAACAAACUGCUAUUUCACUAUUAAUGGUGGUUUUACAUGUUAUGGAAAUGAACUUCCUUAUCAUUUUACUUAAUUUGAUCACAUUGAAAAUCUUAACUAUUUUUUAAAACUUUUUGCCACAGCGUUUUACCAACGAGGAUCAUUUGGCUGUCCAUAAACAUAAACAUGAGAUGACACUGAAAUUUGGUCCAGCACGUAAUGACAGUGUCAUUGUGGCUGAUCAGACCCCAACACCAACAAGAUUCUUGAAAAACUGUGAAGAAGUGGGUUUGUUUAAUGAGUUGGCAAGUCCAUUUGAGAAUGAAUUCAAGAAAGCCUCAGAAGACGACAUUAAAAAAAUGCCUCUAGAUUUAUCCCCUCUUGCAACACCCAUCAUAAGAAGCAAAAUCGAGGAGCCCUCUGUUGUGGAAACAACUCACCAGGAUAGUCCUUUACCUCACCCAGAGUCCACUACCAGUGAUGAAAAGGAAGUACCAUUGGCACAAACUGCACAGCCCACAUCAGCUAUUGUUCGUCCAGCAUCAUUACAGGUUCCCAAUGUGCUGCUUACAAGUUCUGACUCAAGUGUAAUUAUUCAGCAGGCAGUACCCUCACCAACCUCAAGUACUGUAAUCACACAGGCACCAUCCUCCAACAGGCCAAUUGUCCCUGUACCAGGCCCAUUUCCUCUUCUGUUACAUCUUCCUAAUGGACAGACCAUGCCUGUUGCUAUUCCUGCAUCAAUUACAAGUUCUAAUGUGCAUGUUCCUGCCACAGUUCCACUUGUUCGACCAGUCACCAUGGUGCCUAGUGUUCCAGGAAUCCCAGGUCCUUCCUCCCCUCAACCAGUUCAGUCAGAAGCGAAAAUGAGAUUAAAAGCUGCUUUGACCCAGCAGCAUCCUCCAGUUACCAAUGGAGAUACUGUCAAAAGCCACAGCAGUGGAUUGGUUAGGACCCAGUCAGAGGAAUCUCGACCGCAAUCAUUGCAGCAGCCAGCCACAUCCACUACAGAAACUCCGGCUUCUCCAGCUCACACAGCUCCACAGACUCAAAAUACAAGUGGUCGUCGAAGAAGAGCAGCUAACGAAGAUCCUGAUGAAAAAAGGAGGAAGUUUCUAGAGAGAAAUAGAGCAGCAGCUUCAAGAUGCCGACAAAAAAGAAAAGUCUGGGUUCAAUCUUUAGAGAAGAAAGCAGAAGACUUGAGUUCAUUAAAUGGUCAACUGCAGAGUGAAGUCACCCUGCUGAGAAAUGAAGUGGCACAGCUGAAACAGCUUCUUCUGGCUCAUAAAGAUUGCCCUGUAACUGCCAUGCAGAAGAAAUCUGGCUAUCAUACUGCUGAUAAAGAUGACAGUUCAGAAGACAUUUCAGUGCCGAGUAGUCCACAUGGUGAAGCUAUACAGCAUAGUUCUGUCAGCACAUCCAAUGGAGUCAGUUCAACGUCCAAGGCAGAAGCUGUAGCCACUUCAGUCCUCACCCAGAUGGCAGACCAGAGUACAGAGCCUGCGCUUUCACAGAUUGUCAUGGCUCCUUCCUCCCAGUCACAGCCCUCAGGAAGUUGAUUAGAAACCCGCAGCGCAUCAGUUUUAGAUACUUAUUAGUGACUUCAAAGGGAAAUCAAGGAAAGACCAGUUUCCAUUUAUGCGAAAUCUGUGGUUGUAAAUUUUUUUUUUUACUUGAAAUUAAAUUUGGCUCUAAAGUUGGUGUAGCAGCAGUUGAUCAGACUGAACAACAGUUUUUUUAGUCUCUGGAAAAAGACUGAUUUUGCUUUUUUUUUUUUUUUAUAAAUAUUGUUAGAUUUAUUAAUUUUUUUCUGUGCUCAGUGUGUAAAUUGUAUUAUAAUUCAUUGUGGUUUAUUUCACUUUUAAUUUGGUGGUGUUUUAAUAAAUGGGGGUGUUACUGAAUCUCUCUUCCCACUUCCAUUUCUUUUGACCACCUCCCUCAACUGUGAUGCUAGUGUUUUAUCAUUUAUACCAAAGUUCUGCAUAGUCCCUGUUGACCUUGUAAUGCUAACAAGGUGAUAAAGCAGUAGGUGAGAGAAAGAUAGAAAUUUGCUUUUAAUCUUUUUGCCUUUUAUUUUGCACAUUAUGCAAAAGGAAGAACGUUGGGGAACACUUUUUUUUUUUAAGAGAAUGAAAACAUAGUAAAAGACAUACAGUGCUUUUAUGCACAUUCUUAAACUAGAUCAAGGUCAUUAAUAGUGGGUUUUUUUUUUUUUCUUUGGUAAGAUUUAAGUAGACAUGAAUUUUGGAAUCCUUCAUCAUUUCAAAAAUAAUUUUAUUUUUCAAGUCUUAAAUUCAGUAUUUAUCCUAUGUUUUGAGACUAAAAAAAUAUGAAAUUACAUAAUGUACAAUACAGGGUUAUCUGUUAUCUAAUAAUUUAAAUUAGCCUCCUCUUUUUCAGAUUUUAGAUUACAAACUGAGAAAUUUAUGCAUAAUCAUGUAUGGUAUGGUUGCCAGAAAAGCCUAAAAUUACUACUUAGAAAAUUUAAGACUGUCUCCCCCCAUUGUCUUGUACUUGCAAGCUAACUUGUACUUAUUCUCGUGAAAGCACUGUCAUCUUUUAGUAGCAAAUUUUGAUAACGUUUCUCGUGGAAAAAAAUCAGUAUCUAUCUUUAGAACAAUGUAAUUAUAACAUGAGAGGCGAGAACGAGUGAGAGUGUGUGUGUGUGAGUGUGCAUCUGUCAGUAGUUCAUGCCAGCAAUCUUUGCUUGAAUGUUUAACGAUGCCUUCAGUGUGAUGCUGGCCAAUAGAUGACUGCAGUUUAAGAUGUCGUUUCUGUGCAGGCUUGGAUAACGAACAUUCCAUGAUGUAGUUUGUUUCUGAUGAGAUGAUUGUAGGUACACUUUUCUCAUUAUCCAAUCAUCUGUGGGAUACUGAGUUUUCUAAUGUGCCAUUAUCAAUUUUUAUUCUGCAGUUAUGUUCAAAAUACAGUACAAUAUUUUAAAAUAGAUUAAAUUGUUAAAAAAAAAAUUUAAAAAGUAGUAGAUGUGUGUACGAAAACUUUGUAAAAUAGCUAUGAGUCCUACCCAGUAGCAACUUCUGGCAUUCUAGCAGGAUUCCAUUAUGUAUAUAUCUGUAAUACAUUUAUAGUAAGUUGUGUAGUUUGUUCUGCAUCCAUACUACACCAUUUGCUAAAGUCUCAGUGCCAUCUCCUAAUGAGACUGACAUUUUAAAAGCCUGUAUGGAAUAUCCUUGAUAAUUCAAGGAACUAUCCCACCUGCCUAAGUUCCAACCUGGGAAACAUUCAAAUUAUACAAAUGACAUUUCAUGACUUUUAAGUAUGAAGAUAAUAGGAAUUUUAUUUUUUGGCUUAUUAAAAAUGAGAGACUUUUUAGUUGAUAAUUCUACUUCUAAAGUUUUUUAUUUUUAACUGAUUUUAUAAUUUUAAAGUAACCAAUUUCUAAUCAUGAUUUUGCCACAGUUAUGCUAAGGAGUUGAUCUCAAAGGCACAAAAUAUGAAUUCUGGAAAAUUAUUUUUAUUAUAGUUUUGAUGGGUUAGGAAAAGCCUCAUUGGUUCACUCUCCUAAGUCUUUCAGUGCAUAUUUCUUUCAUCGUAUUAUUUAUGCAAGUUAAAGUUCUUUGAUAACAGAAUUCUUGCAACUGUAAAAUAAAACUACAUAGAUGUAAGAAGUCAUGUAAAUGGUUAAUGAGCUUACCAACGUUAGCAAAACUUUCAUUGUAAACUGAUCUGUACUCAGCAAAUAAAAAUCAUUAUUAGUUGUGUAAACACAAACUCCAUUUUGACUUUCAAGAUGUCACACUACCUUCUGUACCUAGCAUUUUGAGUCCUUAUAUUUGCAAUGUUACACAAACUGUACUAUUUUCUUUUAUGUGCAGUUUGCAUGAGUAAACCAUCAGAGAAUAAAUUCUAUCUUUAAAUUAUGUUUAUAA